AUGACAGCACAGGAAACCCCUCUACCAGCACACCUGGACCCAAAUACCUACCCGCGCUAUUCACACGAUGCGACCAAAAACAUCCACCUAACAUUAACCUACACCCCCCCUCGACGCGAAUACGUACCUGUCGCAAACCUCCUCCCCGCCGCCGGCGCAAAUGUCCUAUUCCUCGGCACAACGCGCGAUACGUUCGAAGGACGGCCCGUGUCCCAACUCAGCUACACAACCUACCCACCUCUGGCGCUGAAGACGUUGACGGAGAUUGCCGAGGCGGCCGUGGAGAAAUAUCGGCUUUUGGGCGUGAGCAUUGCGCAUCGGAUGGGGGUUGUGCCGAUUGGGGAGGCUUCUAUUGCUAUUGCGAUUAGUUCGGGGCAUCGGGGUGCGGGGUGGAGGGCUGGGGAGGAGGUUUUGGAGGCUUGUAAGGAGCGGGCGGAGAUUUGGAAGAGGGAGGAGUUUUUGGAUGGGGGGGAUGGAGUGGAGGGCCAAUGCUGA